AUGGCCUCCCUGCACGCAAAGACGCAGUGGAGCGAGGGGGAGCUCGCCGUCCAGAGCCUCCUGCGCGUCCCGCCGCAGCCCAACCCGACGGCCGACGGCCUCCCCAUCCACUACAUUGGACGCGUGCAGGCGGCACCCCUCGUGGCUGUCGGCGCCGUCGACGCGGCCGCCCAGCCGUGGUCGAGCAUCUGGGCCGGCGAGCCGGGCUUUGUCCGCGCCAUCGCGCCAGCCGUGGUCGGCAUGCGGUCGCUCGUCGACAAGGCAAACGACCCCGUCGCCGGCGUCCUCUUUGGCGACCUCGCGGACGGCGAGGUCUACAGCGACCCGGAUGCGGUCGGCGGUGGCCGCCCGAUGAGCGCGCUGGCUAUCGACCUCGAGACCAGGGACCGCGUCAAGCUGGCAGGCAGACUCGUCGCUGGCGUGAGGAGCGCCGGCGCCGCAGAUCAGGUCGGCGACGUGCAGCUGGCCAUGGCCGUCGCCGAGAGCAUCGGCAACUGCCCCAAGUACCUGAACAAGAAGCGCAUCUGGAUGCACGUGCCCGAGCCGGAGCUGGUCUCGGACGCGCUACCGCUGCCGGCCCGCGCGCUCGAGAUCCUAGAGCGGGCCGACAUGUUCUUCAUGUCCACGUCGGACGGGAGGGGUAACAUGGACACGAACCACCGCGGGGGCCCGCCGGGCCUGUUGAGGGUGGUCAGCAACGGCGAGCGGCACGACGCGGGCGUCGUCCUCGCGUACCCCGAGUUCUCGGGCAACAGACUCUACUCCAGCCUCGGGAACCUGCAUGUGAACGACAAGGUCGGCGUCACCAUCCCUGACUUUGAAACGGGGGAUGUGGUGUACCUCACGGGAACGGCGAGGUUGCUCGUUGGAGACGAUGCGGCCAGGCUGCUGCCGCGCACCAAGGUCGCCGUCAGGAUCGAGGUGACCGCGGCAAAGGUGGUCAGGGAUGGUCUGCCGUUCAGAGGCGAGGCGGGCGAAUUCAGCCCGUACAACCCACCGGUGAGACGACUCGCGACCGAGAUGGCAGCCGGGCUGGGCGUGGCGGAGAGCAAAGGAGGCGGCAGCGAAGGGGUCGCCGUCGCAGUGCUGAAACAGAGACAGGUGCUGUCUCCCACCAUCACGAGGUACACGUUCGCCCUGCAGCCCCCGACUGGGUCCCCGAAGGGUCGAGUCGGGUCGUGGACGGCGGCGCAGCACGCCACGCUCGAUUUCUCCUCGGAGCUGGACGCGGGCUACAGCCACAUGCGGGACGACGACCCGCAGAGCCUCAACGACGACUUCGUGCGCACCUUUACCGUGUCGAACCUGCCACCGGAGUCGUCUUCUGGGGAGGGCGGGGCGCGCAACGGCGAGAUGCAAAUCACCGUCAGGACCAACGGGCCCGUCACGCGCCUCCUGCGGAACUGGAACCUGAGGGCGCCCCUCGAGAUACCCGUUAUGGGGUUCGGGGGCGGGAGCCUGCGGAUCCCCGCCGCCGCCGCCGCCGCCGGCGACGACGAUGCAGCACGUCCGACCGUCUUCGUUGCCACGGGCGUCGGGAUAACACCGCUUCUCUCCCAGGCGGGUGCGCUGCUGUCCGCCCAGCAAAGGUCGGCGAGGGCCCCUCUCAGCGUCCUGUGGAGCUUGCGAAGGGAGGACGUGCCCUUCGCGGCUGACGAGUUCAAAAGGACGCCCGGGCUCGGGGCCGUGACGAAGCUGUACGUCAGUGACCUGGGGGCAGCGGCUGAGGGCGGCAGUGGUUCCCAGCCAGAGACGGCCCGGGAAAAGGGGGCGUCGCAGAUUAUUGCGGGCAGGCUCACCAAGCAAGGUCUUCUCGAUGCGGCCGGGCACCAAGACGGAGGUCUGAAGGCUAGAUUCUAUAUAUGCGCUGGGCCUGCAGCUACAAAGACCAUUACUGAAUGGCUGGCUGGUCAAGAUGUAGUUACUGAAAGUUUCAACUACUGA